AUGGGCCAUGGAGCUUGCAUUGCUGGAGUGGCCACUACCAUCCGCACCAUCCCCUCCCUGGCGCUACAGGCUUCCUGCUUCCAGACCUCCCGGCACGUCCCCCUCGUGGGCCCCUUGCUGUACUGCAACUUCGCCGCCGAGGUGCUGAGCGAGAUGAGGAAGAAAGCGCGGACCCCGCCGGACUACCCCUUCGCCUCGCUGGUGCUAGAGGAGCGGCGCUCGCGGGAGGUGGUGGGCGUGGUGGAGGUGUCGCGGGCCCGCCUGCAGGAGCUGCAGCGCAGCAAGGACCGCGCCUUCUUCCAAGCCUACAUCUCCAGCAUGGCGGUGGAGGACGCGUGGCGGCGCCGCGGCGGCGCCACCGCGCUGCUGGUGGCCGCGGAGGGCGUGGCGCGGGAGUGGGGCCAGGCGGAGGCCGCGCUGCACGUCUACGCCGACAACGGCGCCGGGAUUGCGCUGUACACCGCCCGCGGCUACGCGCGCGCGGCCGCCGACGCCACCUGGCUGGCGGCCGUUGGUGUGCGGCCGCGGGUGCUGCUGACCAAGCGUCUGGAGUGA